UCUCUCUCUCUAUGUUCAUUAUAUAUGUGGCUUAAUCGCAUUCGUAAAGCCAAGUUUACAGGCAGAUCUGCGUUGCAAUUUCGCUCCAAGUUCCUUGAAAUCAUCAGGGUUCUUCUGAAGGCGGGAGCUUGAGGAUGACCGGAGCUUCACACGACGCUGCUGGCGGUGGCACUCGAGAUAUCUUCUGCAGUGCCGGUGCUGGUGCAGCUGCAGGUGCCAUUGCGGCCACCUUUGUUUGCCCCUUGGAUGUCAUCAAGACGAGACUGCAGGUCCAUGGCGCUCCCUCCGGUCACGAAGGAAGCAUUGUAAUCACAAGCCUACAGAACAUAGUAAAGAAGGAAGGCCUGAAGGGACUGUACCGUGGUCUCUCACCAACAAUUCUGGCUCUUCUUCCGAACUGGGCUGUCUACUUCACGGUUUACGAAAGACUUAGGGGCCUAGUCCAUUCACAUGUUGAUAAUGGCAAUCAAGUAAGCACCGGUGCCAACAUGAUAGCUGCUGUGGGUGCUGGAGCUGCCACAGCAAUCACUACAAAUCCUUUAUGGGUUGUAGUAACCAGACUCCAAACACAGGGCAUGAGACCAGAAGUGGUUCCAUACGUAAGCGUACAUUCUGCUUUAGGCAGGAUCGCACGUGAGGAAGGUCUCCGUGGUUUGUAUAGUGGCAUUCUCCCAUCAUUGGUAGGACUAAGUCACGUUGCAAUUCAGUUUCCAGCAUAUGAGAUGAUCAAACAUUACAUAGCGAGAAAAGAUAAUAUUACUGUCGAUCAACUUAGCCCCGGAAGUGUAGCGAUUGCCUCCGCAAUAUCUAAGCUCCCAGCCUCCAUCAUGACUUAUCCACAUGAGGUGGUACGUUCCCGGUUGCAAGAGCAGGGACAUUGUAGGGAUUCUGAGGUUCUGUAUGUGGGAGUUAUUGAUUGUGUCAAGAAAGUAUUUCAGAAGGAGGGUAUCUCUGGAUUUUAUCGAGGCUGUGCUACAAAUUUACUGAGGACUACUCCGUACGCUGUUGUUACAUUUACCAGUUAUGAGAUGGUACAUAGAUUUUUGCAACAAAUAAUACCUCCACACAAAAAACAUUCACUAUCAAUCCCCAUUUCCAAUCCCAUCACCAACCAGAAACCCAAGGAACUGAAGAGGGAGUAAAUAGUGGAGUGACCCAGCAAUCACAGACCCACUCAUGUAAGCCAACCCACAUAGUUCUAUUGGGAAAGAAAGAGCAGAUAGCAGCAGAAGUUGAUUAGAUUUUUUGAUGUAUGCCAUUUUCUGAUUUGAUAAUUGUGUUGUUUAGAAAGGAUUGUAGUACUUUAAUUUAAAUGCGGAGUUGAAUAAGCGAACGGUCUUCUUGGUUUUUUCAGCGAGCUCCUUUUUAUCUCCCAUUGUUGAGUUGGGGCUGUCUUUUGAUAUUUGUACUUGUUAUAUGGUUUUUGUAUAUGACCGCAAUGUCCAACUGUAAGCACUACUAAUUUACCAUAGAGCAGCUCUGCUCUUAAUAUUUUUGUGCAUUCA